AGGAGGUGUUGUCCUGUAUAUUAACAUGGUGUGUGUAGGCCAACAGAGGAGGUGUUGUCCUGUAUAUUAACAUGGUGUGUGUGUGGGUCAACAGAGGAGGUGUUGUCCUGUAUAUUAACAUGGUGUGUGUGUGUAGGUCAACAGAGGAGGUGUUGUCCUGUAUAUUAACAUGGUGUGUGUGGGCCAACAGAGGAGGUGUUGUCCUGUAUAUUAACAUGGUGUGUGUGUGUAGGCCAACAGAGGAGGUGUUGUCCUGUAUAUUAACAUGGUGUGUGUGUGGGCCAACAGAGGAGGUGUUGUCCUGUAUAUUAACAUGGUGUGUGUGUAGGUCAACAGAGGAGGUGUUGUCCUGUAUAUUAACAUGGUGUGUGUGUGUGUGGGCCAACAGAGGAGGUGUUGUCCUGUAUAUUAACAUGGUGUGUGUGUGUAGGUCAACAGAGGAGGUGUUGUCCUGUAUAUUAACAUGGUGUGUGUGUGGGCCAACAGAGGAGGUGUUGUCCUGUAUAUUAACAUGGUGUGUGUGUAGGUCAACAGAGGAGGUGUUGUCCUGUAUAUUAACAUGGUGUGUGUGUAGGCCAACAGAGGAGGUGUUGUCCUGUAUAUUAACAUGGUGUGUGUGGGUCAACAGAGGAGGUGUUGUCCUGUAUAUUAACAUGGUGUGUGUGUGUAGGUCAACAGAGGAGGUGUUGUCCUGUAUAUUAACAUGGUGUGUGUGGGCCAACAGAGGAGGUGUUGUCCUGUAUAUUAACAUGGUGUGUGUGUGGGUCAACAGAGGAGGUGUUGUCCUGUAUAUUAACAUGGUGUGUGUGUGUAGGUCAACAGAGGAGGUGUUGUCCUGUAUAUUAACAUGGUGUGUGUGUAGGUCAACAGAGGAGGUGUUGUCCUGUAUAUUAACAUGGUGUGUGUGGGCCAACAGAGGAGGUGUUGUCCUGUAUAUUAACAUGGUGUGUGUAGGCCAACAGAGGAGGUGUUGUCCUGUAUAUUAACAUGGUGUGUGUAGGCCAACAGAGGAGGUGUUGUCCUGUAUAUUAACAUGGUGUGUGUGUGUAGGCCAACAGAGGAGGUGUUGUCCUGUAUAUUAACAUGGUGUGUGUAGGCCAACAGAGGAGGUGUUGUCCUGUAUAUUAACAUGGUGUGUGUAGGCCAACAGAGGAGGUGUUGUCCUGUAUAUUAACAUGGUGUGUGUGUAGGCCAAC